GAACGAUUCAUUUACAAACUUGCCGGGUUUCGAGUUUCACAGGUAGGAGCAGCUCGAUACGCUACGAUAAGGGCCAAGUUAGUCUGCGUGGGAGAUCAGGGUGGUUCGAGAGUUUUGGUCUAUAGACUCAUCUCUCUCUCUGCCAAACUCGCACUACUGUUCAAAACAUCGAGCCUGCACGGUGGAGUUGUCGCGUGCGUCUGUUUGGACGGAGAUGAACGCUGAGGUGGAUUACGGAGGCUCCGGGAGCAGCGGGAACGGAAAGCUGCGCAAUUGGCUCAUCGAGCAGGUGGACUGCGGCACAUAUCCCGGUCUGGUGUGGGAGAACGACGAGAAGAGCAUCUUCAGGAUACCGUGGAAACACGCCGGGAAGCAGGACUAUAACCGUGAUGAGGAUGCCGCGCUUUUCAAGGCCUGGGCGCUGUUUAAAGGAAAGUUUCGGGAGGGGAUCGACAAGCCGGACCCGCCGACCUGGAAGACCCGCCUCCGCUGCGCGCUCAACAAGAGCAACGACUUUGAGGAGCUUGUGGAGAGAAGCCAGCUGGACAUCUCAGACCCGUACAAAGUGUACCGCAUCAUCCCCGAGGGCGCCAAGAAAAGACCCAGACAGGAGGACAGUCCUCUGAGUCCGAUGAGCUAUCAGGUGCACUCCCCCUAUCCUGCCCUUCAGACCCAGAUACCACAGUAUGUGCCCACACCAGAGUGCGGCUGGAGAGAUUUCUGUCAGGAGCAGGCCUCCCUGCCUGAGCUGCCCUUCACUCACUGUCCCCCCCGCAGCCUGCCGUGGCAGGGCCAGUCCAUGGAGAAUGGUUAUCAACUCAGAGCCUCCAUUUACUCGUAUGGUCCUGCUGACAGUCAGCCCUCGCCUUUCACACUGGACGCCAGCAUCAGAUCAGCAGAGGCGCUCUCAGACUUCCGCCUGCAUGUGUCUGUGUAUUUCCGGGACACUCUGGUGAGGGAGGUGACCACCUCCAGUCCAGAGGGUUGCCACCUCACUCCCUGCUCCCCAGAGGAGAAGCACUACCUGCCUCCUGGAGGUCCCGAGGUGGUCCCCCUGCCCGUGGACAGUCUGUCUGCCCAAAGGAGGACAGAGGAAUGUCCCCCGAGUCCCCCGUCCACCCUGGAGAGGGGAGUGUUACUGUGGAUGGGCGCAGACGGACUCUACGCGCGGAGGCUGUGUCAGGGCAGGGUGUACUGGCAGGGAGGACUGUCCCAGUAUGGAGACAAGCCCAACAAACUGGAGCGAGAGGUCACCUGUAAGCUCCUCCACACACAGGACUACCUGACAGAGAUCCAGAGUUAUGGCCUCCACGGGCGGCCGCUGCCUCGUUUCCAGGUCCAAUUGAACUUUGGAGACGAGUGUCUGGACCUGCAGAGACAAAGACGGACCCUCACAGUCCAGGUGGAGCCGUUGUUUGCCAGGCAGCUCCUGUACUACGCCCAGCAGAUGGGCGGCCACUACUUCCGCAGCUACGAGCACCCGGGAGUCACGGACCACAUAAACACCUCUGAGGACUACCAGAGGACCAUCACGCAUCACCACAGCAGCAGCAGCCUGCAGGAGUGAUCUCAGUAGCUUCAAGUGACUGUUGAAAACUUCAAGAUGCAGCAGUGACCUUUGACACAGGAGGCCAUUUAACUGAGACAAGAGGACAAACGUGGACAGUGUUAUACAUGAAGAUUAUGGACACUUAGUGACAGCAACUGUUUGCCUGUGUCUUGUCUGUGUGUGUGUGUGUGUGUGUGGGGAACAAAAGUUGCAGUGUUAAUUCUUUCUCUCCUGACUAUAUUUUUGUGGCACCAUUUUUAUGGCUCCAUACUUACUAUGCAAAGAAAAAACUGACAGCUGAGGUGAUUGUACAGAAGAAAACUGUGUGUUGAAUUGUAAUGCCUUAAGGUGAUUGACAUUUUGGGAAAUACGCUUAUUCACUUUUUUUGCUGAGUUAGACGAGAAGAUCGAUACCCCUCCGUCUGUACAGUAAACAGGAAGCUGGAGCCAGCAGGCGGUUAGCUUAGCUUAGCACAAAGACUGGACACAGGGGGAAACUGCUAGCCUGGCAUGUCUGUAGCUCACAAUUUAACAAGUUAUAUUUUGUUUGUUUAAGGUGUACAAAAACUGGUGUGAAAACAUAACAUUUGCCAUUUUAUGGGGGUCAUGAGAAGCAUUUUUUUUUUUUUUUGCCAGGCUAGCUGUUUCCCCCAUUUGCAGUCUUUAUGCUAAGCUAAGCUAAUUGUUUUCUGGCAGUUGCUUUAUAUCUGCUGUACAGAUGUUUGAGUGGUACCGAUUUUUUUGUUUACGCUUCUUCUAAAUAUGUAUUUUUGUUGCUGGGAGACACUAUCACCACCAUUUAAGUUAUAAAUGCAUUCUUGAGCCCAGCUAUGUUUGUGUGAGAAACUCAGGGAGCUGGUUUUAGAUAAGCUUUUUCAACUCAAUUAGAUAUAUUUUCUAAAAUUGAAGUGUCAUAUAUCAAAUCUGAGAAGGAGUUGGAGUGUUUGAGCCUUUUCGCCUUGAAAGAGCACAUUUCUGUUGUAAAAAAAAACAAUAAAUGGCUUUA